AUGGCCUUUCAAACAGCGAAGAAAGAGUUCGAGAUCCAGCCAGAUAUAAGACUGCAUGCCGAAAUUUCCUUUCCGGCCGCAGCCCGGCCCCAAGGCGCCCUCUCCGACACCACCCUCGUCCUCCUGCACUUCUGGGGAGGAUCAUCAUCGACAUGGGCGCAGUUUCGCUCUCUUCUGGCUCCGAGAUUCCCAGUUGUCGCACUAGACUUUCGCGGCUGGGGCCAGUCUACGGGUCCCGAUAAUGAGUCGGCAUACUCUAUCGCGCACCUCGCAGACGACGUCGAGUUCGUCAUUCGCGCGCUGGGUUUGACGUCUCUUGUACUCGUGGGCCACUCCAUGGGAGCGAAAGUUGCCCAAUUGGUAGCCGGAAGGAAAUGCAUCAAUGGACUACUGGGCCUUGUUCUCGUCUCACCAGCGCCACCGUCACCAUUGGAGCUCCCGCCCGAGAUGCGUGAGCAGCAACUGCACGCGUACGACACGCCCAAGAGCGCCGAACUCGUUACUCGAAAUGUUCUGACGGCGUCCCCCCUUCAGCAGGGCAUUGUCGACAGCAUCGUCACGGAUAUGUUGAGAGGAAACAACCAUGCUAGGGCAGCUUGGCCCGGAUACGGCAUGAGCAAUGAUGUUGCGGCUGAGGCAAGGCAGAUUGACGUUCCAGUAUUGGUGGUGGGCGCUAUCGCAGACAUCGUGGAGCCCAUUGCACGAAUCAAGCAAGAGGUUUGCACAGUCAUCCCUCACGCUGGGCUCGUUACGCUUCACAACUCAGGUCAUCUAAUACCUAUCGAGGCACCGGCAGAGCUUGACAUGGCGGUAUCAGAAUUUCUUCAACGACUCAAGCACCGUUGA